AUGGCUCUCCGACACCAGAUUAUCCCCGCCUUUGUUUUUCUGCUCUGCUUCUGUUACAGAGGUUCUCCCUAUCCCCCUCUCCCUCUCCCUCUCCCUCUCCCUCUCCCUCUCUCUCUCGUUUCGAACGAUCUGUUUUUCUCUUAUUUCGAGGUGAAUGAAAAUCACGAACGCGCCGGUGCAGGUGAGUCCCAGCCGUGCACCACAGCGAGUAUCAAGGUGACCCAGACGAAGACGGCGGCAAGGGCCAGCGGCUGCCCUAUCUACAAGGUUGUGAUUACCAACUGCUGUAUCUGCUCUCAGACGGCGGUGCUGCUGAGCUGCCCGGGCUUCGCUACCACCCUCUCCGUCGACCCCACCGUGUUCCGCCCGCUUCCCCCCGAAGAGGCCAGCGGCGCCACCGGCCUCUGCGUCGUCAACGACUUCCUCCCGGUGUUCAGCGGAUACCCCGUCAAGUUCCUGUACUCGAAGGCCUCCCCUGUGCCUCUAAGCGUUCACAGCUCCCAAGUCAAUUGCUCCUAG